GCCGACUCUGCUCGGCCACGUCCCUGACUUUCUUUAUUCUUAUCGGGUUUUUCCUUGUCAGUGCUCAGUAUGUUUAAUGUAUUACAUGCAUUCGCGAUAGAAAUUUACGCAAGUUUCCCUCAUUCUUGAAAGUUGUAAUGACGCUGAAAAGUUGUCGAUAUUGGUCUUAUUUUAAAAUUUAUUAUAGCAACCAGGUAAAGUGAUUUAGUUUUCCUGACAAUUUUGUCUUGUGAAGAUAUGAUGUGAGCCACAUUUAAUCAUCUUUGAGAAGUUAAACAUGCGGGAUUUCUUAAAGAGAACCAGCUUAAGGUGUAGUUCUGGAUCAUCUGCACCUAAUUUAAAGAAGCAGGGUGGUAAUUUGAUUUCAUCAGAGAUAGCCAAGGAAGAGAAUGGAGAUACCUCGUCAAAGAGCAACUCAUUUUUGAAAAUGAGACCUUUUCGUGGGAGUGUUAGGAAAAAAAUUGCGGAAUUAGAGGCUAAUUCAGCAGUUAAAGAAAUCCACAAUCAAAAAAGCCUAGCUUCCAAAGUCACAUCUAAAUCUGAAGAUGCAUCAUCAUCAGCAUCUUCGUCCCAGAAUACUUCACAGCAAUGUCUAGAUAUUAAAGAGAGUGCCGUCAUUGAGGAAACUGACGACCCUUCUUUAACCAGUGAAACCUCCAGAGAUAUUAAAGAUCUUUCUUGCUCUGUUCCUUUUCCUGAAAAGGUUCCCGAUAUGUCUACUGUUAAGAAAACCUCUGAUGAGGCGUCAGAUGUAGAAAGUGUGUAUGAAUCUCGUAAAUUAAUUUUGAGACGAAUGCUGCAGUAUGAAGUAGAGGCAGCUAAAUACUCACCAGUUGAUGGGUCAGAGGCAGAUUCUUGGUCUGAUUUAGAGCAAAACUUUGCCAAGAUUUAUGAACCUAUUCCUUAUAAAGUUCAGAUGGAAGAUUGGAAUCAGAUGACCAAAGACGAACUGUUGCAGAAUAUUAAUAGUCAACGGAUGAAGUCUCAGUGUAAGUAUAUGAGCAGAAAAGAGAUCUUAGAUGAAAUUUGCCAUCUGUGGGAACAUCCCAUACAUUUUUUGCAGAGACGAGAAAAAACUGACAAUGGGAGCAGCACUCAGCUUCAAGGUUCAUCCCGUCAACAUAAAGUGGUUGCAGAAGUACAUUCAACUAGUGCACAAUUCCAAAGUGACACAGAUAGUGAGUUUGGAGAGACAGAUUAUGUGACGAGAUCAGAGCUCUACAGAAAUAUUCAGAACUUACAGAGCUCACUUGCCCGACAUCAUAAGCAGAUUAUUGAAGAAGAUAGUCAUUCUUGGAAGUCGCUUCCUAGUCAGCCUGAUGAUCCAGUAUAUAUAUCCCGAUCUGAAAUCCUGUCAAAAGUAGAUCCUACAUAUGUUUCACAGUCAGAGGUAAAUAAGAUGAAAAAUGUUAAGAUGUCAUCAAAGCCUAACAGGGAUCCUGAGUAUGUUUCACGAACUGAGAUUCUUUCUCGCUUGAAGGAUAUGCGAGACAGUGAAGACGAACGUGGACUGUCUCCUACAAAUACAGUAGAAUCAAAUUGGGAUGUGUGUUCUUGUGUUUCUUGUGAGCAGUGUGGUACAAACAAUUCAGCCUCUGAUGCUGAGUGUCAGUGUGAUGCCAAACAGAGCCAAAGCAAGAAACAUAAAGAACCAAAAAAAUCUUGUAUAUCUUCAUCACCUGAAGAUGUUUCUCUUCUCUCCCAAGAUUCUUGGUCUAAUGGAGAGUUUGAGAAAAUUUACGAGCCUAUUAAUGGAUCUAAAGUAUCUUCUUAUCAGGAUCAACUAGUUAAUCGGGCUUUAGAACAGCAAGAAAAGCGAUUAAGAAAACUUGCAAAUGCUGAAGAAUUUCGGAAUUCUGGUCGAUAUCUUCCUGCUGAUAUAUGGAGUCUGAGUGAAAGUGAAGAUGUUUAUGAAUCUUUGGCCAGAGUAGCUCGGGCAUCGUUAAGACGUGGUAUGAAGUUUGAUGGUGCGAAUCGGAAACACCUUAACAAAGGUGACCUCGAGUUACAGCGUCGUGUCAGAGAAAUUUUAGGUGGUCAAAAGCAUAUAAACACAACUACUAGAAAUAAAGUCAUGCAGGCUAUAACUUAUCAUAUUGAGCAUCAUCUAGAUCUUGAUGAUAUUGAGGAUGAAGAAGAGAGAAACCAUGAGAUUAGGGAACGCUUGAAGGAAGCCCUUGCCCAAGACUGGGAAACUCUAAGUAACAUUAAUCUUGGUCAUAUCUAUGUUCCAAUGGAGGAAAGCACAAAAAACUCAAAGCUCGCUGCCAAAGAGAAUACAGAUUAUGACACCUUUGGGAGUAUAGAUUCAUUAAUAUUUGAGCCUAAAGUACCAGCUGAAAAUACAGAUGAAACGGAAGAGGCAGUUGAAUUUGAUGACAGUGUCAUAUCUAAUAGUUUACUAAAUAUUGUCAUGGAUCAUGAACAUGAGAGCAAAAAAUUGGCAGAAAGAGUAGUUAAACCACUUAAUACACAAAGGGAGGAUGCAUCAACUGAAGGGGGAAAAGUGGCUUUUGAAGAGGAUGAAAGUACUCCAGUUGCAUCACCAACUCCGUCGACGCCAACUGUUGGAAGCGAACACGAGCAUGUAUUGCAUAUAGUGGACAACAGUGAUUUGACACCCAAUUUUGAGACAAAUGACCUCCAAGUUGUUAGGAAAGAGAGAUAUUCCUUUAGUGAUGAGAAUCAACACUUGUUGAAAAAUACUGUUUGUACUGAUACAAGUGACUCUUCCCAUAACAAGACAAAUACAAAAGAUGAAGCUCCAAGACUUCCUUUAAAACAAAAGUUAUAUAAUGGACUUAUGGGUUUGGGGUUUUUAAAGUCUGGCUCUAAAGAAAAUAUUAGGGCCCUCUUGCAAAGUACAGCCAUAAAGAGAGGUAAUGAAAAUGCUUACCACAUAUCAGAUCCAGAUAAUUUGCAAACAAAAAUUCAGAAGAAGGUUAGCCAUGUGAAGAGGGGAAAUGACACCGUUGGUUAUGAAUCCUUCAAAAAGAAUUUCCAGAGACUCUCUGGGAAAAGGUUACCCAGUGACGAAGAUUCUACAUAUGACUAUCAUCCUGAUCAUACAGAAGCUUUGUAUCAUGGUGGUACCACCACUAGCCAUGAUACUGCAGAUUCUGAAACUGAUAGUGCUACUAGUUUAGAAAGUGUAAUAUUCAAGGGGAGUCCUUUGGAAAAGGACAGUGAUACAGAUGAGGAGGACAAGAAGAAGAAGAAGAACUCUUUUCGCCAUAAGUUUGUUGUAAAUCACGGGAAUGAAUCUGACACAAGUGAACUGAUUGAAAAUAAGUCACUGAGCUUCAGGACUCAGCCUUACCUAGACUCAGAUACAUCUUGGGAUUAUAUGGAAGCACGAGAUGAUGAAAAAGCUGCCUUGAAACAUUUUAGUGCUGCUUUGGAAUUGCAGUUUGAGAAAGGAUCAGCUACACCAGGACCCAGAGUGGUUGGUAACAUGAGAAGAAAACAUGUUUAUCAGAGUGUAGAAAAUAUAGAGAGAAGCCCAACUUCCAUGUCACUGAAUGACUGUGGCAAUGCUGAACAAUCUCCAACUCCUGAAAAUGCUGUGCCAAAUGUAGAGGACAUUGGUGACCAAAGUAACACACUGUGCAUACCUCUAGCUCAACAGUUGUCUCAAGCAGUGGGUGCAAAUUGUGUAUCUGAUGAUGAUGCUGAUGGAAGGUGCCUUUUUAGAGCAUACCAAAGACGUCAGUUCCGUCCACCUAGUGAUCCAGCUCGAGUAGAUGGUGGGGGCAGUACAAGCUCUGCAACUCAUGAGUAUGAAGAAGCUGAUAUCUAUGAAAUAUGUGAUGUUGGGAAUUCCCUCAGUAUUCAGCCUGGACAAGGCACUCCUCCUGUUGUUUUAUUGAAGCAUCAUGUGUACCAAAGCAUUGAAUCAUUAGCUUCCAGGUCGGGAUUUUCUACUACAAAUUCUGUUAAAACACCAGCAACAGAUGGUACUUUAGAUGGGGAAGAACUCCAUUUAUAUGGUUCUCGUCAUGGAGAACCCAUAUAUGGAGCAAGGAAUUCCCGUUUAUUUCAUUCUAUGAAUGGAGCUUAUGUUGAUCGGAAUGGGAAAAGUGACGGUGAGCCUGUAGUGAUUCGAAAAGGGAAAGUAGUAGAACUUACUGAAGAGAUGUUCAAAGGAACCUUAGAACGUAAUUCUUCUGAAAUAGAUGGAAAUUUAAACAUGAGCUUUCAUACAACGUUAUUUCCUCCUCCUCCAGAUCCAGAGACCUGCCUGUAUUUCAACAACACUGUGUCAUCCACCGAAUCUCGUGAGGUCCACACUUAUGAAAAUGACAGCGAAAUAUAUGGGACGCGGAAGGAAAUUCGAGAAGAGAUCUUGCAGGCUUCUAGGGAGAAAUUGCCAAGUGAUCAAGAUGAGGGGAAUGAAAUUGAGGAGCCUCCUCCAGUUCCUAGAAGCAUUAUUGACCAUGACAGUGUGAAAGAAGAUAAUGAGGUGAACACACAAGAGGCAGCAGAAAAAUUUAAAAAGGUGCAGAAAGUUGGGGUUUCAAUUUUGGGUAAUAAUAAUGAUAUGAUGAUUAAGGAAUUGAAGUUAAAAUUAAGAAGAAAAUUCAAUACAGGUGAUGAGAUUAAUGAGCCAUCUGAUGGUGAAUUUUGUUUGCCGAGAGCAUCAAAUGAUUGUGAGAGGAAAGCUCUCACCGCUACCAUGUCUAGUGCUUCAACAAGUACAGUGGCACUGAGGAGAGAGCAGUUAGCACCACAGAUGAGUAAAAUAUUUGGUUCUUUUCAUGACAGGAGGAAACAGUUAAUAGACUCAAAUUGUGAUAGCAAACAAAUCUCGACCAAAGCAAAAGAAGAACCAUUGGAAAUAACACAACCAAAGCCUGAUGUCAAGAGAGAAAUGAAAGAUGGAAAAGACAAGCCAAAUGAAAUGGAGAACAACAACAAAGCGAGAGAAGUUAUUCAUAUAGAAACAGAAGAUGGUGGUAUUGAGCAGGUGUAUGUUCCAACCCCGGAUUAUACCCCAGCCUCUACAUUACCCAGGGGUAGUCUGAAAGGUGAUGGUGAGAGGGAAGAGGAGCAGGAGCAGGAGGAGACAGGAGCAGAGUUAGAAAAUGUUGAUUUUGAGAGUUUCAAGUUUGACCUGGCAGACUUGGCGAAAUUUGUCCAUAUUCACAUGAGUAAAAACCGAGAUGUGUAUUCUGAGACAGGGAACAUGCCACACCAGUCAGAUCCUCAUGUAGCGAGAGCAUUGUAUGGGUCCCAAGGAUCAUUGAAGGAUCCCAGUAAUGGUGAGCUAGUGGCAUCUAAGAGGUCAGUGCGAUUUAAUAUGAACCAGAAUUUGACUGAUUUGGCAACCACUUGGUCUGAUUUGGAAAGCAUCAUAUUUGCCGAAGAUAGAUCUUUUGGCUCAUUGUUAGAAGAAGGGCCCCGUUCCCCAAAGGUCAAGGGUAUAGAUGGAGGGAGUGCUGGUAGCCUCUUGGGCAGUGGAAAGAUGCCUUCUUCUCGUAUGGAAUCCUACAAAGAUGACAAUUUAUUAUGGGAGCAGCUGAGUAAGAUGCGACGCAGCAGAGUCCCUGAAGAUCGAGAGAGGUGGGAACUCGAGAAGACCAAGAGGAUGCUGCUCUGGAUUCAUCUUUCUAACAACGAAGCCUACACCGAGAUAUGCUACAGAAGUCAGUGGUGGAAGGCAAAGCAAAAGGCGUCAGUGUCUUGGAUUGUGCAGAAAGCCCACAAAAACAAAGUGCCAUCCGAUCUGCAAGAUCCUUACUACCGCGAUUAUGAGGGCGCCGAACAUCUCAAACCUAAUAUUGUCCACAGAUUGGCCAAUGCUGACCUUUAUUGCUCAGCAUUGGCCAACAUCUAUGGUGACCCAAAUUUUCAUAAUUUGAGUCAUUGGAACAUCAUUCAAGCCUUGGCAAGAAAAGGUGUGUAUGUGGCCGAACCAACUGACGUUGCUCUCACAGAAACUGUACUCAUCCAAGUCUCGCCUAUCAAAAUGUCUGCACACUUAGCUGUGAUAGAAGCCAUGAUGGCAUUAUAUAUUCGGGAAGUGGUUGUAGCAGAGAGAGCUGUCGUAGUGUUACAGAGAGUAAGUGGUUCUAGCAAAGAACCAGAACGCACACCCCAAGAUCAGGAGGAAGCGUUGGUGCUGUGGAUCAAUCACAUAACUCAAGCCUUACAAGAACGAAUACACCAACAUGUGCAGUCUCAGGAACAGGAAUUGCCGGUAUUUCCUCGAAUUCAAGACCUCAGCGAUCUGAGUGAUGGCAUAGGUUUGGCUGCCCUCAUAGCAUUUUAUUGUCCACAAGAGCUUCAGUGGGGAGACAUUGCUGUUGCAGAUCCUCCUUCCAUUGCCGAUUCUAUUUAUAACAUAGGCCUUGUCAUUAAAUUUUGCCAAGAUAGCCUACCUUAUAACCCUUGCCUGCUAACCAAAGAAGAUAUUGUAUAUAUGCACAGUUCCAUAAAGCAGAAUGUGCUGGCUUUUGUAGCAGAGCUGUUCUUCCUGUUGGAGCUGGAACCAGUGUCUUGCGUAUCAUUACCAGGUACUAAGAGGACCUCCUCCAAGUUCAUCCAGCUCACAUCACCAGGUGGUGGUGGUGGGUGCAGCGGUUGGAGUGGGUAUCAGCGGAGUAUGAAGGUCAUCCCUGACCUUCGAGCGAGCCUUUCGCCCUCCUCUGCCCACUCCACCGCCUCCUCCUCUUACUCCUCUGCCCGGUCUUCCACACAUUCACAUCAUCGGUCUCCUUAUUCCACGCUGAGAGGUCGGGGUGGAGUCAAAUCCCCUUCAUCCGGGGGGAGUGGAUCAGGAUCCGGCUCAGGGACCGGGGUGAGGCGACAGCAUUCCCUGACGGAACGAGAUCAUCCACGAAGUGAUCGUGUCUCCGUCCAUGAUGGAGACCAAGAGGGGGCAUGCGGGGGUUUCAACUGGGGAUCUAUAUACCCCCAGUGGUGGUGGUCUUGCAAUCAUGAAGUGACUGAUAGAGAGUGCAUUUACUGCUGGCGACAGUAUCAGUCACAAACCUUCGGUGAUCAGUAUUCGUACUAUCUAGCCUCGGCCCAAACUUGCCAGCCCUCCAAAACAGACGUGGUCCCUGCUGGGCUUCAUGGAGGCCUUGGGGGGGGAGGAGGAGGAUAUCCGCAGCAGGGUCUAAGCUACAACAUCCCUGUUAGAGAUGACUCCUACCAACACUCCUCCUUCAGUCAUGGCCUAUCACAUGAACGUGUAAGGGCUCGGGCCAGUCACCCAGCCCACGCCCAGGCUUAUGCCAUGAAACCAGCUGGUGCCCCAAGUGUCCGACGUUCGCAGUCUAUGAACUUGAAUGACAUGAGUGAUAUUAGGUCAAGAAUAGAUCAGCGUUCUGAAAAUGCCCCAUCGUCAUAUAAUAGUGAUUAUGGUGGUCGAGAUAGCUCUGUGAGUGAUGGCCAAGGAGAAGAAUUUGUUGUACAGCGUUCACGGGGAGUAUCUACGCUUAGUGAUAUGAUGCGCACACAGUCACCUAGACCUCAAGAUCUAGAGUCGCAUUAUUCUUCAAGGACAGCAACCAAAGAGAGGUUCAACAUGGAUAGCAAAGAGGAGGAAAUGGGAGAGCGAAGUAGAGGAUUAGGCCGACGAGGAAGUUUUACAAAUUCUCAUCCGGACUUACCGGCUGCUGGAAUGCCAUCACGUUAUGAAGAAAGACCUCAUGGUCGUUCCAGGUCUCGUAGGAACUCAAUUAGUGCUGAAGACUCACAGUUAACUAUAGAAAAUUUUGGUGGAAGCCAAGACAAUUUAAAUUAUAUUUCCAGAAAUCCCGAUAAGGAGCCAUUCACUCACUCAGGCAGAAGGGACAGUUCCGUGUGGGAGGGUUCACAACAAUCUCGGGAGGGUAGUACCAGACCUGAAUCUCGAAGUAGUCGAGAACGUAGUGUUGAAAGACGUUUAGAUGUGCAUCGAAGAAGUAUAGAAGAUUUAGAUAACCGAUUAGUAGAUAAAUUAGAAAGAGAAGCCUUAGAAAGAGAAAAAAGAGAUUCCUCGCAGUACACUAGUAAAGAAAGAUUAGUAGUGCAACACCCUAGAAAAAGUUUUGUAGAAACAAUGGAUUCUGGCAGUGAAAGUGAUAUUUCAUUUGAUAGAGAAAAACAAAUGACAAAGGCAACCAGUUUUGCAGAGUUGUCGAAGCUGAAGGAAACUUUACCAACUGGUAUCAAUAUUAUAUAUAUGCAAAGUGACAGAGAAGAGACUGCAAAGAAAAGUAACAAAGGAUCCGAAAAGAAAACAACAUUUGCCGCCCUCCCAAAUCAAACUACAUGGAAACAGCAGAGUGCACAAACUCAUUCUGAUGAUAACAAAUCUGUUGGCGAUGAUAUGGAGCCACAAAUUAUGGCAUCUGAGUUACAUAAUGUUCGAUUGAAGCUUGAGGAAAAGCGAAGGAGAAUAGAAAGUGAAAAGAGGAAAAUGGAACAAGCAAUGAAUAAGCAACGACAAAAACUGGGGAAGGAGGCAUUUAUGCAAGCAGUUGUUAGAGGGGGAAAAGGGUCUUCCACUGGGUCUUCGACCCCUACCACGUCUGAGCCUGAUAAUUUGGAUGUGAUGGUAGAUUCAGUGGAACAGUCUCUGCCAAAGCAUCCAACAUCUAUUACCACCAGUACACGGCCUAACACUGAUUUGUCUCUACAGGACAUAGGUUCAGAUGUCAACAAAGUGUCCAGACGUUGGCUUGAAGAAGAAGGGCAGACAGAUGAAUUACGCACACCUGAUCUUGAAACAAUGGAUUAUGAUGAAUACCACAAAUCACUAACACAUGGGGAGAGUGAUUUGGAAGGGUCUCGGCGCUCUUCCAUCGAGUACUCACCUGCAGUACAGUUACGGCGGCAAGCCUCUUUGUCCCGAGACCCUCGGGAACGAGGCUUGCGAGAUCCAUGGGUGGACCUGCGACGGAUGAGCCUUUACUUGGAGCCUGGCAACUGGCGGGUUCCGUAUGAUCCCUCAGCAUUACCACCAACACCCCCGCGCCGGGUUUCCAUGGGCCUAGAUUCUUACCCACCACAUUACAGAAUGACAGAUUCCCUCACGGAGAUUCAGGGUGACAUCCAGCGACUAUCACAUCAACAGCAACAGAUUCAGAGCUUGAUGCAAAAUGGCAUUGCUCCUCAGUCCAACCCAGCUAUGCAACAACCACCUCAUGGUCAAUUCUACCUCCAUGACCAGGGGAGUCCUGUACGCCGCAUGUGGGGUCAGCAAUCUAGUAGUGAUGGAUAUUCAUCUAUGUCUCCUGCUACUAGAAGAGCGCAGUGGGGACCAGUUAGGCCCAUGAUGCCCCAAGGUGAUUAUAUGAUGGGUGGCCAACAUCCUGGUUAUUACCAAGGAUAUCCAAUGAACCAUCCUGCCCAGAUGGCAGCUUUAAAUCAAGCUGCUUCUCAACAACAAAUGCCGGGCACUGGCUUUAUGCUACAUGGCCAAACUCAGUCCUUGCCACCCCAGGCUAUGUACCAGAAUGGGCAAGGUUAUUAUAGUCCAGAACAUCAAAUGAGAGGGUAUCCUCCUAGCGCACAACCCUUUGCUCCUGGUGAUCAACAGCGACAGAUGGGUCAAACUCCACCAUUUAGAUUGCAUGGGGAUGGUUCUGGUGGAGGUGACAGUUCUGGCGGAGGUGGUAGUAGAGGACCUGGUAGUCUUAGGUCUAGUGCUACUUCAUCACCAAGCAGACAGCCUCCACAAAGACAGCAAAAGUCUCCAAGCCCUACAAGAACUGUUUCACAUGCACCAGUAGCUGCUCCGCCUCCAGAUGAUAUGGAGCCUCAAAAUGUGUCAUUUAUUGAAUCUGAAGAUCAGUCCAGACAACACAGUAAAAGUGAUCCAAGUGAGAAAUUGAAAAGAUUAUCCAUAUCAUCAGGAAGUAAAACCUAUCGGAUAACACACGAACCAGGUUCACCUACUCGACCAAGUAUAGGUGUAAAAACAUUCAGAGUUCCAACUAAAAAAGGCAUGCCAGUUUAUGAUGAUGUAGAUCUCCCACAGCCUUCUCCUCCCCAUCGUUCCUUGACUCCACCAUAUCGACCAGAAGAUGAUGAUGACUUAGAAGUUAAGGCUGAACCCCUUCAAGAUGGUCCAAAGGGAGAUCAAGGCUUUUACAUAUCAUUUGAAACGAAUGGGGCCCCUAAAAAACCCAAGCCUCAGCUUAGGGCUAAAAAGAUGUCAAGGAGAAGCUCAAAUCCUCCAACUCCAGCAACCACCCCAAGCAGAGAAGAGCCUCCUGUUAUACCUAACCGACCCAGUCGGACCUCCAACGGUUCUUAUACACCACAUCGUGGUAGCAUGAGCCAAACAAACAGUCCCAGCAUGGCCCAAUCACCACCUCAUAGUACUACCACUACUACUACUGCUACUGCUCCCAGUAAUUGUCAGACCAAUGGGCUUAGUAUUAAUUCCUCUUCUGCCUUUGGUUUGGGAGAAGAGGACGAUGAAGAGCAUGAUUCUCAUUCUGAAAUUCCACAGGAGGAUGAAAUAAACAUUAUUAAUAAGAGUAAACGUAAAUCAUCUGCAACGGCUUUAAUUAUUGGUGAUGACCCAGUCAGCAAUGAAAAUUCUAGUGCAUCAGAGAUGGAGAAGAAGAAGGAACGUCUCAUGAUGAUGUCUAUGAAGCGUAAAGAAGAACAGGAAGCUGCAAGAAGAAAAAAGGAGAUGGAGGCCCUAGCCAAACGGGAAGCAGAAAAAGAGAGAGAAGACGAGAAACUUCGAAAGAAAGAAGAAGAAAGAGCUAGGCGAGAAUUGAUCUUAGAAAGAUAUAAAAUCAAGAAAGCAAUGGAGGAGGCAGAAAAAGAGGGAAGAGUUUAUGAACCACCACCUGGAUUCCAGUUAGAUAGCCCAGGCUCAUCUCAAGGGAAGCCUUCUGUACGACUUAGAAACAAAGCUCCAGGCAGUAGCAGUAGGCCAAGACCCAAAACUAUGGCUGGUGCUCCUUCAAUGUCUGAUGCAGGGGAUGGCCCACUUAUGUCAAGUAGUGGGAAGAAAGGCAGCUCGCAAAACCUUGCUGACAUUGGGAGAAGAUAUGAGAGCUCCAGUUCAAACAGCAUGAGGAAGAGCAGUGGCCGUUGGGGGUCGUCACAUUCGUUGUCCCGUGCCAGUGGCUCUCGUGGAUCAAACACCAGUUUGUCAGGAGACUAUCCCAGCACAUCCCGUACCUUGGAGCGAGGUCACACUGGCAGACGUCCCACUUCUGUUAUUGGUUAUUCCUCAAUCGCCAGAGGGGAGCCAAGGAAAAGCUCACUGUAUGGGUCCCAGGGUGAUGGCCUCAAUUAUGGCGAUGAUUAUCGUGUGCAUGAGGCGCGACGGCCAAGCUUGGCCUUGGAUGGUGUAGGCUCUAGGUUGAGACGAGGCUCAACCUCAAGCAGCUAUGGUGGCUCCGGCACUGGAUAUGGAUACAAAAAAUACCGUUCCACAGGCAAUUUGAGUGGACUACGUACAAGAAGCCAGAGUGAGCAUGAUAGUUUGGUAUACCACAUGAGUGAGGACAGUGGUCUAGGUCGAGCUACUCCUCCACGCCGUGCCCCUUCACCAGGUAUGGCCAGACACCUACCUUCUCCUUCUGGUCCUGGAUCCCUACCUCCUGGUCUUUUUUCAAAAAGACGGCCUGGUGGCUUUGAUGAUGCAGCCAGUGAUAUCUCCUCCACUGCAAGUUCCACCAUGGACUAUUUUGGUCCAAGGUUAUUCAAACAACCAACAGCUAAGUCGAAUAGAACUAUCAUACUGAAUGCAGUUGAGUAUUGUGUCUUCCCUGGUGUUGUCAAUCAAACUGCAAAACAUCGAGUUCUUGAAGAAAUUGCUCGUUCAGAGUCAAAACAUUUCUUGGUGUUGUUCAGAGAUGCUGGUUGCCAAUUCCGAGCCAUAUAUUCUUUCAAUCCUGACACAGAAGAGGUGUAUAAACUGUAUGGUACUGGUCCUAAGCAAGUUAAUGACCGCAUGUUUGACAAAUUUUUCAAAUACAACUCUGGUGGGAAGUGUUUCUCUCAAAUUCACACAAAACAUUUAACAGUAACAAUUGAUGCAUUUACCAUCCAUAAUUCCCUGUGGCAGGGCAAGCGGGUGAACCUCCCUUCGAAAAAGGACAUGACACUUGUAAUAUAAAUAAUUGGCUGUCUUUAAAAUAAACCUAUAUUUUGGUACUACUGUGCUGUGAAAAUUACUUAUGUGGCUGUACUGCUCUUUUGGAACUUUUAAUAAACUAAUAGUUGUUUUUAUACAAGUGGGAAAUGCAAUAUGUAAAUGUGGUUUAGAGUAACGUAGUGCUGGGUUCUAAUUUGUGGAUGUAAGGUUUUUUGAGCAUAUGUAUCUCAUUAGUUUCCAUAAGAUGAGUGUACAUGUUUUUUUACGGUUGUGUGAUCAGAUCAGCAAGCCUUGUUUUCCUCAGCCAUUUGCUCACACAGUCAAGACCCCUCCUCAGUAAAAACUAGAUGAUUAUUAUAAUAAAAGCCUUAAAGCAUUCAAAGGGUUUUGGUUGUGGUUUUGUUGGUCAGUAUAAGAAAGUAUUCAGGUUGCUCACAGUGCUUACACUUGUAAGGUAGGAAGGAUGUUUAUUUAUGGAUCAUUGAUUGUAUUACUAUAACAGUGUGAACAGAGGUAUAUCAGCCUUUUUUCAUUUGUUUGAAUGUAAUAGUGCAUAAAGUUUGAAAAAUAGUGAGGUUAUGAAUGAUGAUCAGGGAAAUUAUUGGUGUUGCCUAGUGUGGAAGUUAGAGCUUUCAAAGAUGAUCAAGUCGUGUUGAUUUCAGGUAUCCUGCCAUUAGCAGCCUUUACAAAAAGCUUCUCACAUUUGGAAAGUGCCCUAUUUCAAGCCAAAUAUAGUUAUCAAAAAUAUUCCUAGAAUUCCUAGGUUAGUAGAUGUUAGGAUCUCUUCUUACUUGUGGUUGAAUUAUGCCAAUGCCUCAAAAGGGGUGCCAUAUUGCCAGACACUUAAGGUAAAUGUGAUGAUAUUCAACUAUAUAUUUAAACAAGGGGAUUUGCGACAAAUAUAACAAUGAAAUAAGCUGGGCACAUUUUUUUGCAGUGUUAACUAAUGAAUUCCAUUAACAUUCGCUUCUUGUACUAAAUCUGUGAUUCUUGUGAUCGUUAGGUAAGAUUUGCAUCAGAAUCCUUUAUGUAUCAUCAUGGAAGCUGAGAAUAUUAGAUAUUCUGGAAGAAAGUUGUGGCCAGAAAUCAUGGUGUAACUUUGCCACUCAAGUAAUCCUGACGAUGCAAGUAAUUCCACUUAAACUGUAUAUGAAAAUAGUGAUGAAAUAUAUUCUGUAUAUAUUAGAAGAAUAGGGAACUUAAGAAGUACUAUGAAAGCAUUCCCAUUUUUUUUCUAAAUACUCACAGACACUCAUGUGAACAAAAAAUGUAAUGAAGUUUCCAUAGCUUUUAUACUGUAUUAAGGAAUGUUUGUGUGUCACUUGUUCCAUAAUCUUAAAUAUGUGUAUUGCUUUACAUGACAUUUUUCCUUCAUUUUUAUCAUCUCAUAUGUUAAUACUUCGUUUCAUUGUAAAUCCAUCUUAUUUGUCUCCAGUUAAAUCAUUGUUUAGAUAACAUGUAGUAAACUCAGUGGCUACUAUUACUCUACUGGAGAGGGUGCUCAUACAUUCAGUUAUUUGUUAACUAAUGUUGUAUAUGGUAUAUAUAAAUUAAUGCUAAAUGAAUUCUUAAUGCAGGAGGCAUCUUUACAAUGCUUUCAUGACACCUUUGUACUUCUCAAAUAAUGUGAUAAUAUUGAAACAGACAUGUAUAGGCCACCUCAGUGUAAUGGGGAUGGUAAAAUAGUAUAGGUUUUAAGAAGACACAUUCAGUGUAAAAUAUUUUUUGAAUGUUAAUGUAUUUAUUUAUUAUAUGGAGCUAGCACUCCUGUAGUAAAUAUUUACAGAUAUAUUAUGCAAACUGACAUUCAGAAACUUAAGUUCUAUGAAGUGUGUUAUGAGGGUCUUAUUAUUGUAUGAUAUCUCUCCUGUAUAUAAAUAUUCAGGGAUUCCUCCUGCUCUACCUUCAGAGAGACCUGUCUUACAAAGUAACCAAGUCAGAUGUACAUAUAAUUAAGUAUUGUAUUAAACAACUGUAAAUUACUUUUACAAUUGGAAUUAGCUCUUGGUAUGGACUUGAGUUUUCAACUUUAUUUUAGCUUUCACUAUAUUUGAAGUUUUUAAUUUUUUUAAAUACUGUGCUGAACAUUCAAUUUAUUAAAAGCACUGUAAAAUAGUCAAAGCUAUCUGACAUUGUGAUGUAUCAAGUAGAUCUUUCUGAAUGUUGAAGCAGGUAAAACAUCCCUCGCCGACUCCACUUGCAUUGGUAUCUUGUGACCAUAUGUACAUAAUUGUUUUAUAUUUAUUCUCAACAUCUCAAAUUGGGGUGGGCUUAUAGAAAAUUCCCAUGUCUGCUUGUUAUUAAUGAUAAUAAAUUCAGUCUUUUUCAUAAA